UCUUCUUCGUGGGUCGGUGGUUCAGUGGGUGGAUGAGUUGUGGGCUGAAAGUCCGUAGCAAGGCUGUCUAUCAGUGCGUGGCUGGACAGGAUGGUGGUAGGAUGGAUAGGGAGACAGAAGUGUCAUCCUCGGUGGAAUACCCACUACCUGAGACACCAGAUCCUGGCGUUGUCUCGGGUCUGUCGGACUCUGGCUCGUGGAAUUUUGUUUGUGUUGGCUGGCUACGCAAUCAGAAUCACAUGUUACUCUCCUGUUUUGUCACUCGUGUUGACUGAGUGGAAAGCAAUCAAAUCAUACACACCUUGAGGAUGCUUCUUGUAUGGGUCAUAUGUAUGUACACGCAUCCUAGGUCUACUGGAGGGUACUAUGUACAGUACGUACAAAAUCAAAGUCAU